GCGCAACAAUUCUCGAUUGACGACCCGCGUCGACUCGGACAUGCAGGUCGUCUGUGGGCUGCUACGAUGCUACACAGGAAGCUGCUUUGGGGAAGAGCAUCAUCACGUCGACCGCUUGCCCUCGGAUCGACAUGCCUGUCCGCAAUUGUUUAAGCUCAAGUCGCUGGUGGUGCGCGUUCCGUCUUGCAAUAGCGUGCUUCGACUCGAGUCUACAAAUUGCAAGAUCGCUUGUCUGCCCACAGGUCUUGUGAAAAAGGUUGUGUUUAUGUACCUUCGGGGACGACAUGAGAACGCCAUCACCGCGUCCAUCGACACCACGGACGAGGAAACGUCCGACGACGACGACGCAUCGUCAUCAGGGGAGUCAUAUCCACGUCACUCGCAGAUCCCCCUCACGGUAACGUCCUCGAUCACGUCGUACGGUACCUCCAUGAACGAAGCGUACGCGUUUGCGCGGACGGGUUUCCCCGACGACAUUGCCGCCCCCGACCACAGCGACAGUUCAUCUGUGGACCUUAAAGUGCUGCAGGACACGUACUUGCUCACGUUUCGCAAGGGCACCGCCGCCAAGGACAAGGAUCUAGUCCAAGUCAAGUUGUUCAUGGUGAACAAGAGCCCCACACACGACAACGACAUGAAGAUCGUGCACGUUUUAUUAAGCGAUCGUUUAUGGGUCGAUAUCGUCGUGUCCGACGCCUCUUACGCCACCGCCUUGUCCUUCGACACGUCCGAGAUCUUGGAGUCCCAUACUGUGUUUCAGCUGUGUCGGUGUGACUUGAACGAGUGCUCGUGCGACGACGGAUCGCCACUCGAAACAAUUUGGCGCCGCCAAGAAGACACUCGCAUGGACGAAUGUGUGGCCAAGAAGCGGCGACGGUAUGUCUGGCACGACCAACCGCCGCCGACAAGUGCGCACAAGUGCACGGUGGCGUGCGAUGCCGCGACCUUGCCGGAACUGCAUUUAACGCUGGUCGUGGCCGCCGACGUGUGUCUCCAUGCCGAGUUUGAGCUAACUUUGACGUCGAGUAAGCGAGUGCAAGACCUAUCCGACCACGUGUACACGGUCUUUUGCAUCAGAGUGUGCCACGGCGACUUGAAAUGGCAUAUUACACGGCGGUUCAGAGACUUUUCCCUCCUUCGCGACCAACUUGCGCAAGAAUUACACGCGACCGAUCUCCCUUCCCUGCCCCCAAAGACAUGGCUGCCCACAAGUGACGCGAAAUUCAUCCAAGCCAGGCAAAUGCGCUUGGAAACGUACUUGCGGCAGCUGAGUGGUCGGCCCGACGCGAUGCAGUCGGUCGCGUUCUUGUCGUUUCUUGGUGCGCUGUCGUCACCUCGACUCGAACACGAAUGGAUCAGUGGGGUGCCUCGAGAUGUGCUGCACCUGCGCAUUUUGCAGCGAUGUGUCGAAACAGGCGACGUUUUACUGUUCCAGUCCAAGAAUCACAUGAGUGGCGUCCAGCGCACGAUGACUGGCGCCGAGUGGGAUCACGUGGGGAUGGUAGUGCAAGCUCCUGCGUCGAACGCCCUACCCAAAUUUUUGCUCCUGGAAGCCACGGGCGAUGGCGUGACACUGCUUCCACUGGUGCCGCGUAUCCUCGCGUACAAUUCGUGCUUUAUCAACUACAUUGCGCUGCGAAAACUGCGCAUGCCGCCAGUGUCCCGUGACACGUUUCACCGUCGCAUGCACGCGUUUGUGGCUCUGGUUGAAGGAAAGCCAUACAACAUGUCACUAAACAAGUUGAUUCGCCCCACCGAAACCAACGCCGACCUGUCUGGCUUUUUUUGCUCUGAACUGAUUGCUGCCGCGUACAAAGCGGCGGGGUUGAUCCACGAAGCGACGGCCGCGAGUUCGUUUUGGCCGGGGAGUUUUGGCGCCGGCGGUGACGUGGACAAGGAGCUCAAUGCGUGCGAUGCGUACUUGGAGGCGGAAGUGGUGAUCGAUUGUCGAGUGUUGGAGAUUGCUUCGGCCAACAAGGACGUCUAUGGAGGAACUGGCACGGUCGUGCACCAUCCAUAACUGUAACCCGUCCCCUCCUGCACGUACAUACUGUACGAUGCGUUGUCGUUGCUUUGUAUUGUCAAGUCGAUUCAAAAUGGGAGAGUUUGGGUGGUCAAUAUUCGAAUGAGCAGUCAGACAAUCGAUUGACCAAUCAAAA